CGUCACGUCACGUACGUACGGCGGCGGCGGCGGCGGCGGAGCAGAGGGUGUGGACGUCCCCCCGCAUUCAAUCUACACAACGCUGCUAAUAACUUCAGCUCUGUGUCACCGCAGCGCACCGCAACAGGCCGACAAACGUGGCGUCGUGUUGACUGCCGCUGAGCCUCUCCUCGCCUGUUUGUGUCCCUCAUUGUCCCAAACGAGGAACUGAUGCUGGCCAGGACCCUGCUGAACCCCUCGGGCCGCCUCAGUCGUCUGUCCCAGUUUAGUUCUGCAUCUACUCCCACGGGUGCACCCUAAGAGAAGAAGGAGAAGAAGAAAAGAAGAAUACAGCAGGCAAAAUGGAUGAUAUCUUCACGCAGUGCCGGGAAGGCAAUGCAGUGGCUGUUCGCUUAUGGUUGGAUAAUACGGAGAAUGACCUCAAUCAAGGAGACGACCAUGGCUUCAGCCCUCUCCACUGGGCGUGCAGGGAGGGCCGCUCCAACGUGGUGGACAUGCUCAUCAUGAGAGGGGCUCGCAUUAACGUCAUGAACCGCGGAGACGACACGCCCCUGCACCUGGCCUCCAGCCACGGACAUCGCGAAAUUGUGGGAAAGCUGAUCCAGUGCAAAGCAGACACAAACGCAGCCAACGAACACGGGAACACACCACUGCAUUAUGCCUGCUUCUGGGGCCAAGACCAAGUGGCUGAGGACCUCGUGACUAACGGGGCUCAGGUGAGCAUCUGCAACAAAUAUGGGCAGACUCCCCUGGACAAAGGCAAACCUCACCUGCGGGAACUCCUCAGAGACAAAGCUGAGAAAAUGGGACAGAACUUGACAAAAAUCCCCUUCAAGGACACGUUCUGGAAAGGCACCACCAGAACUCGACCCCGUAAUGGCACUUUGAACAAACAUGCAGGUGUUGACUACAAGCAGCUCUCUCUGCUGGCUAAAAUAAACGAUAAUCAGUCUGGAGAGCUGUGGCAAGGGCGCUGGCAAGGAAAUGAAAUUGUUGUUAAGGUGCUUAAAGUUCGCGACUGGACCACAAGGAAAAGCCGAGACUUCAACGAGGAGUAUCCCAAACUCAGGAUAUUUUCCCACCCGAAUGUCCUACCCAUGUUGGGAGCAUGUCAGUCUCCUCCCGCCCCUCACCCCAUCAUCAUCACACACUGGAUGCCUUAUGGCUCCCUCUACAACGUGCUGCAUGAAGGCACCAACUUCGUGGUGGAUCAGACGCAGGCGGUGAAGUUCGCUCUGGACAUUGCUUGUGGAAUGGCCUUCUUACACACACUUGAACCCAUGAUCCCUCGCCACUAUCUCAACAGCAAGAGUGUCAUGAUAGAUGAAGAUAUGACAGCCAGGAUCAGCAUGGCAGACGUCAAGUUCUCCUUCCAGUGUCCUGGCAGGAUGUACUCGCCCGCAUGGGUAGCCCCUGAGGCCCUGCAGAAGAAGCCUGAAGAGAUCAACCGUCGGUCAGCAGACAUGUGGAGCUUUGCCAUCCUGCUGUGGGAGCUGGUGACCAGAGAGGUGCCGUACGCUGACCUGUCCAACAUGGAAAUUGGCAUGAAGGUUGCCUUGGAGGGUUUGCGGCCCACCAUCCCUCCCGGCAUCUCGCCCCACAUUUGCAAGCUCAUGAAGAUAUGCAUGAACGAAGACCCAGCAAAGAGGCCUAAAUUUGACAUGAUUGUGCCAAUUCUGGAAAAAAUGCAGGACAAGUGAAACACUCCUCCUCCGCCCUCGCAUACUGAACCGGAUCUCUUACCCCAGAUGGUGGUGUGGUGCUUACCAGUAUUGCCUUAAAAUCUGCCGCUGCAUUCAAAUGCCACUGUAGCUUCUGCUUCUGAGAUGAAUUCAGCAGCAGUCACUUCUUUUAUAUUUGUUUUUUUUUUUUCAAUGUGAUAUCAAGUUUUUAUUUGUCUCUUCAUCUCUGCUCAUCUUCUAACCUGUAAUCACGUGGACUGAGUACAAUCGUCUUCAGUCGUCUGGACUGAAUAACCUGUGGAGGUCAGCAUGACAGUCUGCUGCGUUGCUUCAGUGGAUUUAAGGCCUUAUUUUGUAUCCAGAGAGGGCUCGCCGUUAAAAAGUCACCUUGUAACUCGAAGCUUGUCUUGUGUGUGUGUGUAGGGGCGGGGGAGCAUGUGUGAAACCAAGCAUUUAAACAAACUGUGUGAAUGAGUGGUGCCAAUGAGAGAGUACUUAGCAGUGUUGUACCAUUCAGCUUGGCUGUAUCGUGAUGUGUAGAGCUUCACCUGUCUUAGCAUCGGCCCCUGAUCUGUAUCCUGUACAACCUGCUGACCGUAACGUAAAAACUGGCCAUAGAAAUGUUUUUGUUGUUUUUUCGUCAGUGCUGAUCUUUGAAGUUUGGUGAGGAUUUCUUUCAAAGUGCUUUGAAAGAUUGCUGAUUUCAUCUUGUAACUAUGUAAUUAACUGGAUUACUGUAAUCGACUUUGUUUUCCUUCAUAAUCGUUAACGGUUUUAUGAUUUGAAUUCUGUUAGCUGUCCUGCUCAACAAAAAAGUCAGAUGUCUAAAAGUCUUUGUGCUUAACUCAAGUGUUAUUUUCAUGUUGAAUACCUGCUGUAACGUGUGUAAUCCAACAUGUAAUACCUUGUAGUGUCAGGAGUGAAUAGACUGUAAUUUAUUCAUGGGUAUCAUCGGUACAGUUAUACUUGUUUUCUUGUCGAGCUCCAUCAGAAGCUGCUGCCAACACAAGGUGACUGUGAUAUUGAGGGGUGGUGUUAACAUCGUGCAAACUGUCAUCGCUUUCUCUUAUUUUUUUAAUCAUUUUGAUUCUCUAGAUGACUUUUCUGACUUGAUGUCAAUCUCAAGGGUUGUUUUCUUCUCCCUGCAUCAUCUCUGUGCCUCCACCAGCUUGCUUGUUUGUGCUGAAUCACAGGUUGAAGCCAAAAUCAAGAAUGACUUAUACAAAUGUAUGUAUUUAUAUAUAAGUAUAUUAAAAAGGACAAAUAUGGGCAACUUGAA